UCUAGUGAUGAUGCUGCUUGUGUCAGGCGCUUACGCAACGACAGAAGAAGUCCCCACUUACCAACACAAAGACCCACACACAGGACAGUUACUUACGUGCACUCACUGUCCACCUGGGACCCACGUGAGCGUGAACUGCACACCAACUCGAGACACCGUGUGCACGCCCUGUCCAGAUGAGCACUUUACGGAGCACUGGAACAUCUUACCAAAAUGUCUGUACUGCAGCGUCUUCUGCCUGGAAACCCAGCACGUGAAAGAGGAAUGCACGCCAAAAAACAACAGAGUCUGUGAAUGUAAUGAUGGCUACUGGGACGCUGGCUUCUGCAUUAAGCACUCAGAAUGUCGGUCUGGAUACGGCGUCCAGAAGAAAGGUACCGUUCACAACGAUACCAUAUGCGCGAAGUGUCCGCCAGGCACGUUUUCAGCAGUCACGUCCUCCAGUGAGCCUUGCAUUAAUCACACUGAUUGUGCGUCAGCGGGUCUUGUUGUGGUGCUGAAUGGAACCAGUUGGCAUGACAACAUAUGCUCCACGUGGCAGGAGCUAAACAAUGACGGUAAAUUCAUUUAG